AUGGACCACGUGCGGAUCAUAGGAUCGUUAACAUUACUAGCAAUUUUUAGCCUUUCGUUUGCCGUUGAAGUACACUUCGAAACUCCAGAUAGUGGUUUUUUUCUAAAACAUUCCCCACGACAAAGUGCUUUGGUAUCAGUUGCAUCGACUGCAAUAUCAAGUAACAGCAAGACGCGAUCGAACAGUAUCGAAUCGGUACUUUCGGUGGAUCGAUUUACAGUUGUACAAACUAGUCAACCUGUUUCGGUACGUGCGAGUUAUGGACCGUUUUCGACGAAACAAACAGUCCCCGCACGCUACAUCGUACCAGACAUUCUUGAGGCCGCGGUCGAGGGAAGUUCUACCCAGAAUACGACUGCAGCAUUAAUGGACUUACAGCAACAAUCGAGUCUUCAUUUGGACAUUUCAGCCCAUGUCGUAAGGAACACGGUUACUCGGGAUUCCCCAGUCCUUCGUGUUCUAUUUCACGCUGGUGCGGACCCUGGUGGUCAUUUGCAACGACAAAAAAUAUGUGUUUUGCUGCAUGCUUCCAUGGGUAACAGGACGCCACUUAAAGGUCGUUGUAUGCCGGAGGGUGAAGAUGGUGUAUGCGUUGCUGAAGUUAUUAUACCUUCAAAUUGGUGGCCUCCAUUGCCCCCACCCGAGAGAGAAGGACGUCCUGUUGGAUCUCCGCCAAAAAGCCCUCAGCGAAUUGUGCAAGUGUCUUACAGUGUGUUCGAGCCUCCCGCCCGUAGUCCGGAACUUUGCGAGCCAAAAGUACAAAUUCAACCAUUAACACCUUUCGCCAAAAUUCCUUUGAGUCAAUCUCAGCUGCCCUAUAAAGAGCUACGCGCUGAUGAGACGUUAACAAUGAUGAUACCCCAACAACCGUUGUAUCCGCUGUCAAAAAUCCACGUUCCUGUAUUUUUACAUCCAGAGAAAGGACAAAAUAUUGCAGUAUUCAUUGUAAGAGCACGGGUUAAGGCUGGUAUGCGUAUACUAGGAGCGGUGGCAACAUCUGAUGAAUGGAAUGUUUCAGUUGAAAAGGAAAACUCAAAACACACCGUGGCUCGUGUUACAGCCUUUCGUAAGGAUCAGGAUCCAGACAGCCCCGCCAGUGCAGUUCGUUCUGAUGAUUUAUCAUCUGGCAAUAGUAUUGUGGAAGUGUUUUCUUGGUUAUUGGAAGUAUCUAAUGAUACCAAGGAGUAUUGGGAUGGUGGCAGGAUCAUUUGGUCAGUUAGCUAUGUGCAUGAUGGACCGAAAAUGAAAGCAGUGCUAUCGGCUGAAUCUACACCAAGCAGCACUGGCAUACAAGACGAAAGUCGUAAAAAGAUUGUUGCAAAAGUCGAAAUACAAAAGGAUGAUAUACAAGCAGUGCUGCCAAUUGCGAAGAAUUGGGAGUUGAUGAAUACGGCUGUAUUAACUGGAAGACAAGUUUCGCAAGUAAUGAAAGUAUUCAUUGUAUCGCAGGCUGGUAAGGUAGCCGACGUAACUUUACAGAGCUCAUGUCAGACCGAAGAUGAGAGCGUGAUAAAGGUGUCAUCAUCAUGCAGCUCUGUGUAUGUUGAUGGCUCUGAAGUGCGGGGAUCAUCAAAUGCAUCAAUAUUGGUUAAAUAUGGAACAUAUACUGGAGUGGCACGAUUUACAGUAUGGAUGCCAGAGUUCCCUCUUGAGGUAUCUGUAGCAGAUUUUCGCCUGUCGCAAAUCAAAGGUUGGAAAAUUCCUGAGGAUCACAGCACCACGAAUGGUAAAACAAAACGACGCAAAAAGCGAGCCUAUGGCAGCGGAGGCUGGGGCCAUCAUGGUGACGAUUUUAUAAACGGCGUUCCAUCGGAUCGAAGCAUAUGUCGAGCCAGGUAUCAGCAAAGUCCAGUGGAAGUAUAUGCAAGGUUCUUGGCAGUGGAUCAGGAUUCGGGACGUGUUAGCUAUUUAAUUUCACGUCGAACAGGCCUACGAGUGACGGAUUUAGUUCAGUCACUAUUGCGAGUUGCUGAUCCAAAAAUUGCAACGUUAAAAGGACGAACCCUUCAGGGUCGUGCUAUGGGCCGUACGGAUGUUCAGGUUCUUUCUCCUAUCAAUGGAAGAGUAAUAGGAGCACGGGAAGUGCGUGUGGGUAGUGAUAAAGUGACCAUUACUAGGUUGUUAGUAAAGGUUGUUUCGGGAUUACAACUAGCGAUUUCUAGCGAUGGUUCAAUCGAAAAUGGCUAUGUUGCUGAAACAUCAGUAACUCGUAAACUAACGGCACAAUAUCAAGAAGGGUUGCUGGACAUCGAUCUUGAAUUUUCUGAUGGAUCUCGAACUCCUCUCAGGGACAUUUCGGUAGAUGAUUACUUCUUGUUGGUGGAGAGUCUCGAUACCGAAGUGGUAGCCUUUGCACCAAUGCUUGCAUCCCAUCAUCCGCGGGUAAUUGCUGUUGGUGAAGGAAAUGGAGAAUUACUACGUGUUACACUGCUAUUAUCCGAAGAAUGUCGUCUUCGACGAAAUAUGCCAGUUUCGAAACAGGGAAUGAAAUCCUCUAUCGGUCCGCUCAUCAGCGCUCUUGCAUCAGUGCAAGUUGAUUUCAGUGCGUCGGAUAUGAAUACUAGGCCAGAUACGGUACAAAAUGAUGGUGUUGCUGGGCGAGAUCGCAACAAAUCUGGAAGAGAAUUGAACGAUUUAGAAGAUAUUUUAAUUGGCAUCCCGUUGAAAGACGAUAAUGGUCAUGAAACGGCAGCAGUCGUUCAAUCAUCAAGACAGCAUCAUCGGGGCAGCAGCAGUGGUGGUAUAAUUAGUAGUAAUAGUGGGAUGGUUGGAGUAUUUUCGUCGAAUAAAAGCCUGGUACACGGUGAUGCAUCAACUCUAGAAAUUGGCAUGUACGUCGUUUUAACGGCAUUUUGUUUGGCUAUUGCUGUGUUUGUCGUAUCAUGUAUUGUAUAUGCAUCGAAAUACCGACCAGUAACGAUCGAUGCCCAUGGAGAUGCUAGUGUGCGUGAUGGUAUGGGUAAUUGCACUGUUUUUGAUACCGGGAAAGGAAACGAAUCGUGUGCUACCAACGCACAUGACUGGGUGUGGCUAGGUAGAGCGACGUUGGAUCGAUCGAAUCCGGAGAAUGAAGUGGGAACAAAUUACAAAGAUUCGCGAAUGCACAUCAUUAACAAUCCAAUGAAUGCCAAAUACGGAGACCCAGAUGAACGCAUUAUUCAAAUAAAUAGCUUUGAUAAUCCUAAUCACAUUCAAUUACCGUCUAACGUGGCUAUACCUUUGCGAAACAGUCGUGUUGGAUUUGGGCCGAUUGAGGAAUCAAUAGUACCCGUCAAUUCCUGUACUUAUAACAAACGUGAUCGUGUCCACCGUAUCGCUAAUGACGAUAUUUCUUCACUACCGCAACAUAGUAUAGCAACAACAGUUGUAGAUCGUAUAGAAUACCGACCACCGGUUCCACCGCAUCGUAAUAUUGGAGUUACAGCUCAUGCUCCAAGUCGGCAACUGCCUCUACAGACUGUUUCCCAGUUUAGAGGUGCAAAACGAUACAAUCAUCGUCAUGCCAGAAAUAGCAAUGGCACGGCUCUUAGCGGCAUGGCUAAUACCGGGUGCUCAGCUACGAAUCCUGCUUUUGAUAUACAACUUCAAAAUGUUCCCGGCUUGCAACAACGCAAUAUAAAUUACACCCAACAACAGAUAAAUUUAGCUUUAUAUAGCAACGAAGAUUCAUCGCAAGGCACACAAUAUGCAGCAAUUCAACCAGCUAUAACUAGAAGAGCCAUAGCAAACAGAUCACCACAUUCGUUUGAGAACAUGGGAUUCGCAGUCAUACCACACUCGAAUAGUGACAACAAGGAAAAUAGCACCACGAAUCACGAAGAACAUCGACACUCAAAAGAGCUACAUAUGGCCGAACGCUUAGUAGAGCAACAUAAUGCCCAACAGACAGCAUUCAAAUUUGAUACUAUUAAUAAUCAUCAUAAAUAUCAUCAACCAUUUGAUAGCUCUAGAACAUCGAUAUGCAAAGUGUACGGUGGUGGAGAUAGCGCUGGCUGCAAUCAGCAGAAUCAGCAACAGCUACGGAAUCUACAAUCAAACCAAACAUUGCAAGACAGUACAUGUGAAGUGAAUUUUCCUCGCUGUACUGAAUCUCAACAAGAUUGCGGGGGUUCAUCCGACGAUGACGGAGGUUUCAUGCGGCCAUUGAACCAGCUCUGUCAAAAUAAAAGUUUGAGUACGAUGGAGGACGGUGGAAAAAUGAACGAUCCAUCCCAAACUGAGUUUCAGAAUGCUGUAUCUAAAAAAACCACCAAAAAACCAACAGUGGUCGGCAAUCCAAUGUUUUCAAAUACACCAGAUAGCGAGUUAGCUCCCGGAGAAAGCCUUGGGCUGGAUGACCUUGAUAUGGAUUAUGAACAAAUCAUGCAUUAUUUCGACAAUCUAAAGGUUUGUAAUAAAACAUCAUAA